UAUAUAAAAACGGAAAAAGAAGAAAAAAACAUCAAUAGUAGCAGACAUUAUUAGAUUUUUGGACCAAAAACCAUAGACUAAUUCAUUCUUUGACAUUCCCACCAAAGUUCCAAUAUCUAUAACUUCUUCUUCUUCCAAUUCUUCAUCUAACUCACAAGAAAAAUCAACCCAAACAUGAAGACUCGUGCUUCUACCAAAAUCUCUGCUAAAUGGAUUCCAAUUUUCUCUGUUUUUUCCUUCCUUAUUGGCAUGCUCAUCACAACUAGCAGGAUGUGGGAGCAACCUGAAUCAAAUGGUGUGAUAAUUUCUAAGCAUCAACGUGAUCAACAAGAACUUCAAGUGAUCUCUGAGGAUUGUGAUGUGACAAAAAAGAAGCAGGAAAAGCCUAAGGAUGAAAUGAAUGAAUUGUAUAAAACACAUGAAGCUAUUCAGGCCCUAGACAAGCAAGUUUCCAUGUUGCAAAUGGAAUUAGCAGCAGCUAGAAGUUCUCGCAAAAAGAACUCAACUGGCUCGGCCACCAAUUCCAGUGAAGGUGCUUCCAAGAAGAAGAAGGCAUUUAUAGUGAUAGGUAUAAACACAGCUUUCAGUAGCAGGAAGAGACGCGAUUCGGUUAGAGAAACGUGGAUGCCUCAAGGUGAACAACUUCUUCAAUUGGAACGGGAGAAAGGAAUUGUUAUCAGAUUCAUGAUUGGGCACAGUGCAACUUCCAACAGCAUUCUAGAUCGUGCUAUUGAUUCAGAAGAAGCUCAACACAAAGACUUCCUUCGCCUGCAACAUGUUGAAGGAUAUCAUGAGCUGUCUGCAAAGACAAAGAUUUUCUUUUCUACCGCAGUUGGAUUAUGGGAUGCUGAUUUCUAUGUCAAAGUAGAUGACGAUGUUCAUGUCAAUUUAGGUGUCUUGGCAGCAACCCUUGCCCGUCAUCGUUCAAAACCCAGGGUCUACAUUGGGUGUAUGAAAUCUGGACCUGUUUUAUCUCGAAAGGAUGUCAAGUACCAUGAACCUGAAUUUUGGAAGUUUGGAGAAGAGGGAAACAAAUACUUUCGACAUGCAACCGGGCAGAUAUAUGCAAUCUCUAAGGAUUUGGCCACUUACAUUUCCAUUAACCAGCCGAUUUUACACAAAUAUGCGAAUGAAGACGUUUCACUUGGUUCAUGGUUCAUUGGUCUUGAAGUUGAGCACAUUGAUGACCGCAGUAUGUGCUGUGGAACCCCUCCAGACUGUGAGUGGAAGGCACAGGCAGGUAACAUAUGUGUUGCGUCUUUUGAUUGGAGCUGCAGUGGAAUCUGCAAGUCAGUGGAGAAGAUUAAAUAUGUGCACUCAAAAUGUGGUGAAGGAGAUGGAGCUGUUUGGAGUGCUUUGUUUUAGAUUUAUAUCCAAAGGAGGAUGAUUUUUUUUUCUGGUCACAAGAUGAACUACUUGUUUAAAUUGCAGCCGGAACAUUUCGGAUUUGAGAAUGAGAAUCAUCUGCAAAAGAUAUAACAUUGACCAUUUUUGUUGGAAGCUUAGAGGCAAGGCUGGUUGAUCAAGAUAAGACUUGCAUGAAUGUGGUGGAUUUUAGCAUGGGAUGGGGGAUAUGUAUGAUAGCUAUAGAGGUGGUAAUAGAAUAUUUAUUUAGGACUGUUCUAAGUUUAUUAUUUUUUUGUUCUUUUUACUAUACACUUUGUGUUGUGUGAGACUGGCUUUUUUGUUCCUUGUAACGAAAAGCAGCAAUGUUUUGAUAGUAUGUUAAAUGUGAUGCAACGAAAUGUCAAAAUUAACAUCAGUUUGAUCUGAUUCAGACUCAA